CGUCUAUCCGCGCGUGGCCUCUGACGCUCGAGCCCUCCAGUAGCGACGAAACGCCUGGCAUCCUCUCCGGUCUCCUCCAUCCAUCCUCCACCCGCCGAUCCGCGAGUCUCCCUCCGCUCCUCCAGCCGCGCAGGAGGCGCUCCGAGCCCGCAGGAAGACGAACCAGAAUCCGGCGGAUGAUACAAAAAUGACCUUUUAACACCUGAGAGAACGACAUGGGUCCUUCUUCCUCCUCCCUCCUCCUCCUCCUCCUCCUCGCCUACCCGAGCUGCCUCCCCGCUGCUGCCGACAGGAGAGUCGGCUGCCUGUUUGAGAACCAGCUGUGUUCCCCUUACGAGGUCUGCGUCAACGACGGCGUGUUCGGGAGGUGUCAUCCUGCUCCGGUGAAGGACGUCUACACCUACGAUGUCUCCCCGUCCGUAGUGCAGCGCUUCAGGACGCUGUUGGAGAAGCUGUCCAACCGAGGUCUGACCUGGGAAGAUGAAGCCACUCAGCAGGUUCUGUCCAAGGAGAUGUCCAAACUGAGGAGGAUUCCCUACAGGCCACAGCAGGACGGAGCUGUGUACAACACCAACCGAAGGCCGGUUGCCGUGGCGAUGGACCCCGUGGACCAGAGGGUGAAGCCCGUGGAGGUGGAGCUCAGCAGGAAUCUGCAGACGUACCUCCAGCGCCUCGGCCUCCUCCCCAGGACGGCCUCCAGCCUGAGCCCUCAGGGGAAGUUCCAGUCGGGCGCCGGCGCUGACCCCCCCCGCCCCAGGACCCCCACCUCGCCUCAGGAGUCCCCCCCCUCCGGCUUUUCCUCCCUUCCGCAGAGGCCCCGGGACCAGCAGGCCGUGGGCGACCUUCUCCUGGGCGCCCUGAGGCGAUACCUGGCCGGGCGGGCGUCCCUCCGCGUCGGGGGGGCGAGCCCCGAGGAGCAGGGGGCCCCCGCCACCCGUCCGAGGCCCUUCCAUGGGGGGGCUCAGGCUCACGGCCUCGACGCGGACGCCUCCAGAUCCCGGCUCCAGACGCCGGGGAGAACUCAAGGGAACCCCGUCGGGGGGCCUCUGACCUCCGUGGACGAGAGGUUCAUCCAGAGCGUCCUGCAGAGCGUGGGCCGCCACCACGUGGACGUGGACGGCCUGACGCCGCACGACCUGGGACAGCUGUCCGGCCUCAUCGCCGACGCCCUGCAGGUGGUGGAGCGGGGGCCGAGCGGGGGGGGCGUGACCCGCGUGGGCCCCGGACCCCGAGACCUGGGGGGAGAGGAGGAGGAGGAGGAGGAGGGGAAGUCACUCGAUAACGCUCCGACGCCGGCGGCGCUUCAAGAGCGCCACGCGGAGACGGAGCAGCGCGGCGUGGAGGGCGAGGCGGAGGGAGGAACCCUCUUCUCCAAACUCCUCGCCUACCUGGACGAAACGUCCCUCGCCGGCCCCCCCUCGGCGAGGGACGUCGCCGCGGAGGCGGCCCGAGGCCGGCAGGCGGGGCUGGAGAACGUCCGCAGCCGGACCAGCGCGGCCGCGGCGGGGGUGGCGGUGCAGAAGAAGGACGCCGCCCAGACGGUGGAGGAGGUGUCGGAGGUGCGGGGCUGGAUCAAGGAGGUGGCGCCGCCCCCCGCCGCGCUCGUGCACGAGGAGCCGCUCGGGAGGACGGUGCACGUCCCCGAACUCCAGCUGGACGUCAAAGCCGGCGGCGGGAAGGCGGAGGAGGACGACGUGUUCGGCUACGUCAUCACCGACGCCGAAGGCCUCCAGACAGACAAAGGCCUCCAACUGAUGGAGAUCCUGGCUCGAAGGGCUAAAAUCCAGAUGGCCGACUUCGCCGAGCUCUCCGUGGUGGGCCCUGCUGUGACCUUCAAGGUGAACCCCAACACCCACAACGUCAGCACCGCAGAUGUGGCCCGCGUGGCAGUUCGGCAGAAAGAAGCUGUGGAGGAGGAGGCAAAGGUCAACAUCCUGGAGGCCGGGGUCACCGACGGGAGCCAGAUCAAGCAGAUCCCCACCAAGUACAGCCAGGCCGAGUCCACCAAGUUCCUGGUGCUCACCGUGGUCUCCAUCCUGUGCAUCGUGGGGGUGCUGCUGGCCUCCACCGUGGUCUACUGCCUCCGCCACCGCUCCCACCACAAGCUCAAGGAGAAGCUCACCAACCUGGGGACGGACGCCGGCGGCGAUGCCACCGCCACCUACCAGGAGCUGUGCCGGCAGCGCAUGGCGGUCAAACCUCCGUCCGAGCGCCCGGAGCCGAUGUCCUCGCGCAUCAACAGCGUCUCGUCUCAGUUCAGCGACGGCGGUCCGGCCGUGAGCCCGUCGGCGAGGAGCAGCAUCUCCUCCUGGAGCGAGGAGCCCGCCCACUCCCACAUGGACAUCUCCACCGGCCACAUGAUCCUGACCUACAUGGAGGACCACAUGAAGAACAAGGACCGCCUGGAGAAGGAGUGGGAGGCGCUAGGGGCCUACCAGGCCGAGCCCAACGCCAGCACCGUCGGCCUGAGGGACGGAAACGCCAAGAAGAACCGCUCGGCUGGCGUGGUGGCCUAUGAUCACUCCCGAAUCAGCCUGAAGGUGGAGAGCAGCCAGGCCGGCUCUGAUUACAUCAACGCCAGCCCCAUCAUGGACCACGACCCCCGGAACCCGGCCUACAUCGCCACUCAGGGCCCGCUGCCCUCCACUGUGGCCGAUUUCUGGCAGAUGGUGUGGGAGAACGGCUGCGUGGUCAUCGUCAUGCUGACCCCCCUGGUGGAGGGCGGGGUGAAGCAGUGCUACCACUACUGGCCCGACGAGGGCUCCAACCUGUACCACAUCUACGAGGUGAACCUGGUGUCCGAACACAUCUGGUGCGACGACUUCCUGGUCCGGAGCUUCUACCUGAAGAACAUGCAGACCAACGAGACGCGGACCGUCACUCAGUUCCACUUCCUGACGUGGCUCAACCAGAGCCCCCCCGAGACCAGCCGCACGCUGCUCGACUUCCGCAGAAAAGUUAACAAGUGCUACCGGGGCCGCUCGUGUCCCAUCAUAGUCCACUGCAGUGACGGAGCAGGAAGAAGUGGGACCUACAUCCUGAUCGACAUGGUGCUCAACAAGAUGGCCAAAGGCGCCAAGGAGAUUGAUAUCGCAGCGACUCUGGAGCACCUCCGGGAUCAGAGGCCUGGAAUGGUCCGGACCAAGGACCAGUUUGAGUUUGCACUGACGGCCGUGGCGGAGGAAGUCAACGCCAUUCUGAAAGCUCUCCCUCAGUAGGAAGCAGCGCCUCGCUUCCUCCUCCUCCUCUUCCUCCUCCUCCUCCUCCUCUGUCUGAUUUAGAAGGCCGUCCUUUGUGAUGUUCCUCCUCCUCCUCAGCGCCUCCGCUCACUUCCUUGUUUCCGUCUCCUCUCUCCCUCCCUCCUGUCUCCUUCGUUAUUCCCUUGGUCUCCUCACCUCUUCACUUCUCCUGUCCCCUGGUUGCUUCUCCUCUAUAAACCCCUCCCGCCCUUCCUCCUUUGCCCCUCCCUUCAUCCCCUCUCGCUUCCUCCUCCCGUCCACCUUAGUGAACCGGCCUCGUUCACAGAUGGACCUUCUAUCGUAACGACCUGGAACCUUCAGUGUAUUGAUGCUAUUUUCUGUUGGAUCAUCACGUCCGUGUCAGUGACUCCAACAUCUGACGCGUUCUCUCUAUUUCUAUCUCGUCCCUGACGUGAGGUGAAGUAACGUAUAUAUUUUCAAUGUGAGACGUCAUGAUGCAAGUAGAAGCAGCCUGGAGGGUGGAGGACAGCCUCCUUCUGACUGUCCUUCAUCGGGGGGGCCGUAGCUGAGCUUCUAAAGUAGUCGGUUUCUCCCAAAAGCAUCUUUGUGCAGUAAAGAUUAUUGUUCCUUUAUGUCACAAUCCUCCUUCUGUGUUCCUCACUGCACAUUUAUUUCCAUUCAUAAAAAAAUGAUAUUUUUCUAAUCAGUUUUUCCUCCAAAUUACCACCAAAAAUAAAUGAGUCUGAACCAAGUAGUCAAUUCGAAUAAUAGACUGCAUGAGAACGAAUGAACAUGCAAACCCUUCACGGAUGGUAGUCCUGCUCUGUGGAGGGGGGGUGGGGGGGAGACCCCCCAGUGAUGGGAUCAGUCUUCACUGUCCAAGUAGCCUGUGGGACGCUGGCGGUGACCUUUCAAACACCAGAUCACUCCGUUUUCCUUGGUUUCCCAAACACGAGUUGCAAAAAGCUGCCCAUAAUUACCCAUAAUCCCCUGGGGCCUGGAGACACGUUUCUACGCAUUAAAGAGAACUCACAAAUGAACUGAGAAAAACACAUCAAACGGCUCAAGAUGCCUUUUGGAAAAUCAGCUCAUAGCUCAAACUACAUUUUAAAUGCGACCCAUUAAACCCUCGUUUGAUGUUAACAAACUAACUAGAAUAACCAACAUGACUGAGUUACUAUUACUAGUUUUACUAGAUUACUACUAGUGCAUGGCGCCUUUCAUUCAUGUGACCUCCAGACGACCUUUAGCAAACGCCGCUGUUGGAAUCCACCGCGUUUUUCAUCAACGUGCUGCAGGAUGCAAACACACGACCUUCCUCUUCAGCUCUGCUGCGUUGACUCUGUACCAAAAAGAGAUGUUUUGUUCUGUUGGUGUAAUUUGUGAAUAAAGUCUCAUCGUCCAUCGAG